AGCUGUGUGUGGGAAACCUCCGGGAUGUCUUUGGUAUCGGGGGUCUGGAGCACUCUGAUAUAAUUUGCAGGCCGGGAUAUUCACAGUGUCUCGCUAGAUGGCAGAACACCUAGCUGACGAAGGACCUUUCCUUGUUUGUCCCCCGGCCGGUCCCACCCCCUGCGUAUAACCUCCGGCCAAUUUUGGUGAAUGAUUAAUGGCGGAUACCAUCAAGCAUGCAGCCAAGGGCAAGGGUGUUGCUGUACCCCAUAAAAAUAAACUGAUUGUUUGCAGAAGUUUUGCUGCUGUGCGAGUCGCUCGCUAGCGGAGAGCUGGAGGUUAAUUUAUUCGCAGCUGUUCUCGUUGAAGAAGAAGUUCUGCUUCGUAAUGGGGUCCAAGCUCUCUGUGGACGAUUCGGUGCGUGUGGUCGUGGUUGGCGGAGGCUUUGGGGGGAUAGAAGCGGCCAACCUACUCAAGUCUUGGGGGAUCCCGUUUGUUCUUGUGGACAUGAGAGAUGCUUUCCACCACAACGUUGCUGCCCUCCGUGCCUCUGUCGAGAGCGGAUUUGCAAAGAAGACCUUUAUCCCCUUCUCUGUGACCUUUAAAGACAGUUUCCGGCAAGCCAAGGUGGUUGGAAUUGACCUGGAAAAACAGCAUGUCCUGUUGAAGGAUGGUGAUGAGCUCUACUUUUCUCAUCUUAUCCUUGCCACAGGAAGUGAUGGACCAUUCCCUGGGAAGUUUAACAAACUCAUUGACAUGCAAUCAGCUAUUCAGUCCUAUGAGGAUAUGGUCAAGGAGAUGCAGAAAGCUUCUCGCAUAGUAAUCGUGGGUGGUGGUGGUGCUGGUGUUGAGAUGGCUGCAGAGGUUAAGACCGAGUAUCCCACCAAAGAGGUCAUACUCAUUCACUCAAAAACUGCAUUGGCGGAUGUAGAACUCCUCCCGUGUGUCCGGCAGGAGCUGAAGGAGAUUCUUAUACGGAAGGGGGUACAUCUCCUUUUGAGUGAAAGAGUUGCCAAUCUGCCUACGCUGACUUUAAACCAAUUCAGGGAGAACAUGACUGUAAGGACUGAUAAAGGCUCAGAGGUUGUUGCUGACAUGGUCAUCCUCUGCAAUGGAAUAAAGGUCAAUUCAUCAGUAUACAGCAGUGUAUUCAGUGACCAGCUGGCAAGUAAUGGUGCUCUGAAAGUGAAUGAGCACCUCCAGGUUAAAGGAUAUGAUAACAUCUAUGCGAUUGGUGACUGUACAGAUGUAAAAGAGCCAAAGAUGGCAUACCAUGCUGCACUUCAUGCCAAAGUUGCUGUGACUAACGUCAUCAACAGCCUGAUGCAGAAACCUCUGAAAACCUACAGGCCAGGAUCACUUACCUAUCUGCUUUCAAUGGGAAGAGACGAUGGAGUGGGCCAGAUCAAUGAAAUGUAUGCAGGCCAUUUAUUUGUGACUUUUGUCAAAAGCAGAGAUCUUUUUGUCUCAAAAAGCUGGAAGAACAUGGGGCAAAAUAUGCCUUGCUAGAUGGAAAAACAGGAGAGCUGGCAAGAAAAGAGACAGGAAUGCAGUGCCAAAAGGAGUAUACUUUUGAUGAAUGAAUUACACCAAGCGGUUAAGAGCUGUGUAUAUAUAUAUUUUAAAAGCUUUAUUUUUAGUAAGCUUCUGUAUUGUAUAUAAAGUUCUUGGCAAAAGCCAUGUUUCUUGCUAAACCUUGGCUUCUGUUUUUGCUAUGUAGUUCACAAGUUAAUGAAUUCUGUAUAAGAAAUUGGGCUGAUAUUCUUUUUUUUGAAUUAAAAGGAGCAGCAAACUA